CCGCGAAAGAAGUUUGCUUUGGCCACGCCUCGAGGCGGCCGCUUUCUCCUGCCCCCUCCUCCGCCCCUCGGCGCACACCUCUCGGUGCAGAUUGCAAAGCGCCUUCCCUAGCGAGAGCUGCAAAUGUUGCAAGAUCCAAGCUCGCCCACCUUGUAACGAGAAGCUCCCGUGUCCCCGGAUAUCCUCGGGUGCAGAGAAUCGGACACCUGAUUUUGUCACCCAUUCGUCCAGACGGUAUGAUCUCCUGGGAACCUCUUGAGUUGCACGUUUCUGCACGGUGCACCGCAAAUCUCCAUCGAUCGUAAGAUUUGCAGCGUUCUGGAUACUAGAAGCUUGCAAGCUACGCUCGCCCGACCCUGGGCAGACACUCGCUCCCGAAGCACCGAGGUGUGCAGGUGACUGGCAGCCUAGCCCUUCGCCUCUCCAUGAGCCCAUGAACCUGGGGGCAGGUGCCCGGCGAUGGCGAGGCCUCUGAGCGACAGGACCCCGGCCCCUUUGCUGCUGGGUGGCCCGGCCGGUGCCCCUCCUGGAGGGGGAGCACUGCUUGGGCUUCGGAGCCUUCUGCAGGGGACCAACAAGCCCAAAGAGCCGGCCAGCUGUCUCCUGAAGGAAAAGGAGCGCAAGGCGGUUCUGCCCGCAGCCACCGUCCCGGGGCCCGGCCUGGACACGGCGGGUCCUGCAGAUGCCCCGAUUGGGGCUGUGGGGGGCGGCGGGUCCCCGCGGGGGCGCCCGGGGGCAGUGCCUGGCCCGGGGCUCUUGGCACCGCUGCUAUGGGAGCGCACGCUGCCAUUCGGGGACGUGGAGUACGUGGACCUGGACGCCUUCCUGCUGGAGCACGGGCUCCCGCCCAGCCCGCCGCCCCCCGGAGGCCCAUCGCCCGUGCCCUCGCCCGCGCGCACUCCUGCACCCUCCCCGGGACCGGGCUCUUGCGGCUCCGCUUCCCCUCGCUCCUCGCCAGGGCACGCCCCCGCCCGGGCUGCCCUGGGGGCCGCCGGCGGCCACCGCGCAGGGGUGACCUCUCGGGACACACCUAGUCCUGUGGACCCAGACACAGUGGAGGUGCUGAUGACUUUUGAACCUGACCCUGCUGAUCUCGCCCUGUCAAGCAUUCCAGGCCAUGAGACCUUUGAUCCUCGGAGACACCGAUUUUCUGAGGAGGAACUUAAGCCUCAGCCAAUCAUGAAGAAGGCAAGGAAAAUCCAGGUGCCAGAGGAUCAGAAGGAUGAGAAAUACUGGAGCCGGCGGUACAAGAACAACGAGGCGGCGAAGCGGUCUCGGGACGCCCGGCGGCUCAAAGAGAACCAGAUCUCGGUGCGGGCGGCCUUCCUGGAGAAGGAGAACGCCCUGCUGCGGCAGGAGGUGGUGGCCGUGCGGCAGGAGCUGUCCCACUACCGCGCGGUGCUGUCCCGCUAUCAGGCCCAGCACGGGGCCUUGUGAGCCGGGCCGCCCGCAGGUGGAGCCGCCUCCUCUUCCUCCGGGCUCAGAACCCCCCGCCCCCAUCCCCGCCCCGAGGCUGGGGUCCGGCCAAGCGGGGUGUCCCAGGGACGCAACGAUGCAAAUACAUUUAUAUUUUUAAGAAAAAGUCAAGCCUCCCCGCUCCCUCCCGUGGAGGGGGGAGGACGGGGAGGGGGGGUGGUGUUCCGGUGUGCACGUCGGGGACCCCGCCUUCCCAGCCGCCUCCGUUCACUCGAUCCCGAAUAAACCUUGAGAACCAGA